UUGGCUGCGGCGUGCGCUGAGGCGCGCGGCGACGGCGCGCCGCGAGUGUCGUGCGCAACAUGGCGGCGCCCAGGGAGGCUGAGGAUGCCGGCGGCCGGUGAGAAGUUCCGGUCGCCGGUGAGAAGCUUCGUGCGGCCCGAGUGCGCAGCGUGCGGUCCCUCCGCUCAGUGUUCCCCGCGCUCAGAUCUCGCGCGUUCGUUCUCCCAGGCCCCCGCGCGAUGUGGAGGAGCUGCCUCCGGCUGCGGGGCGGGGGUCGCCACCUCCUGAACUGCCCCCGGGGUGGCCUCACCGCCUCCAGGGGGCCCGGGCCAAAACUCCCGGCCCACGCCCGGGCCUACGCGCCCCCAGCAGCAGAAAGGAAGAGGUUCUAUCGGAAUGUCAGCAUCACACAGGGUGAAGCUGGCUUUGAGAUCAAUCUGGACCACAGGAAGCUGAGGACUCCCCAAGCCAAGCUCUUCACCGUCCCCAGCGAGGCCCUGGCUGUCGCUGUGGCCACUGAGUGGGACUCUCAGCAGGACACCAUCAAGACAUACACCAUGCACCUGACCACACUGUGCAACACGUCUCUAGACAACCCGACCCAGCGAGACAAGGACCAGCUCAUCUGGGCAGCCGCAAAGUUCCUGGACACUGACACCGUCUGCUGCAGGGUGGAAGAACCAGAGACGCUGGUGGAGCUGCAGAGGAACGAGUGGGACCCAGUCAUAGGCUGGGCCGAGAGGAGAUACGGCGUGAAGAUCGGCUCCUCCACCAGCAUCAUGGGGCCCAGCAUCCCAGCCCGGACUCGGGAGGUGCUGGUCAGCCACCUGGCCUCUUACAACAUGUGGGCCCUACAAGAUCCAGAAGUGGGGCAACGUCGAGUGGGCCCACGACUACGAGCUGCGGGACCUGCGGGCGCGCACGGCCGCCGGCGCCCUCUUCGUGCAACUCUGCUCCGAGAGCUCGGCCGUCAAGCACAAGCUGCUGCAGGGGUGAGGCCGGGCCCCAAGCCACGCGGCUGGUGGAGGCCAGCUUGGGCCGAGGCAGGGGGCGUGGGUACGAGUGAUUAUAUUGAACGAUUCUUUGCCUCGAAACGCGUGGAGCCUCCACUCGUUGCUCCUCCCGUGGUCCCCGAGGCCACCCUGCCCACCCACAGGGCACGUGCUGCUGGGCCGGACCCUCCCACUGGGGAGCUCUCAGUGGCCCUUAGCCCCAAGGCUUUGUUUUCCGGUUUUUAAUCAAACAGUCUUUUAAAACUGAGUCCCUCUUGGUCCGAGCCAUCUGUUUCUGCUUGUUUGUUCCUACUGUUUUAGCAAAAAUGAUUUACUCUUAAAAAUAAAAAGUAGGGUUUCCCUGGUGGCGCAGUGGUUACGAAUCCGCCUGCCAAUGCAGGGGACAUGGGUUCGAGCCCUGGUCCGGGAAGAUCCCACAUGCCACGGAGCAACUAAGCCCGUGCGCCACAACUACUGAGUCUACGCUCUAGAGCCUGCGAGCCACAACUACUGAGCCCUCGCACCUAGAGCCCAUGCUCCGCAACAAGAGAAGCCAUGGCAAUGAGAAGCCCACGCACCACAACAAAGAGUAGCCCUGCUCGCCACAACUAGAGAAAGCCCGCGCACAGCAACAAAGACCCAACACAGCCAAAAAAAUAUAUAAAUAAAUUUUAAAAUAUAUAUUUUAAAAAACAAAGUAAACGGUGUUCGUUGUUUCUGGGAUAAAAGCCUGGGCGAGGCCACCUGAUGUGCACGUGACCUGCUCAGGGAUCCCAAGGUCCUCCUAACAGGGCCACUCACAGGGCUCCAGACUGCAGGUGGGGUCUCUGGGUGCCUGGGCCCAGGUCAGGGAGCAGGAAGAGUGUGUGAGUUUGGGGCACAAAGGCCUCGGAGCUGCCAGGCCUUGCUCUCCCCCAUGCCGGGGGCACUGGCCAGCUCCCCGCAGGCCCCCACCUCGCACCCUGAGUGUGCUCGCCAGGGGUACUGUCACAUCCCCACCUCACGGGUGACGCCCAGCUGUGCUCUCAGCUGUGGAGGGUCCUUGGGUUCCUGCAGCCUCCGC